AUGCCCAAGGUAAUUGGUCACACACCACCAUGGUUGUCUCAACCAUCGCCUGGAGCUCGCAUAUUCUCAGAUCCAGAAUCACGACCCCCCGCCUCCCCUUCCAAGAAGACAGAUAUCCAGCGCACUGCCAGCUUGCGAUCAUCUGGUCCUCGAACAACGAUCGCGCAUAGAGGAACUGAAGUAUUCACUGUGGUUGGGAACAGAAUCCGAUGGGCUGAUUUAGCACGAGUCAAGGACGACUGGGAACAACAAAGUCACAAGCGCAGUCAGGAUCAGUCACCAAACAAGCAAUACAGAACCCUCAAAACUCCUGUCUACUACGAGAUCACGGACAUCGCAGUUUCUCCUUCUGGUCACUUCUUGGCCGUAGCGACCGAAUAUACUGUUCAUAUUGCCCUACUCCCUGCCUCAUCACGCCUGCAUGAUGGUGAGCAAUCAGACAUCAGGGUCAAGACCCAUCAAUUGGGUCCAACCACCCAUGUCAUAGGCGAGGCUCCUCUUGCCACCGUUCUCUGGCACCCAUUAGCUGCCUCCACAUCUACCGCAGACUGUCUGGUUACUGUUACAACUGAUGCUGCUGUAAGACUCUGGGAGGUCAACCAGCUAGAUAAUUGGUCCUUUGAGCGACCAACUUUACCGAUUGAUCUGCGAAAGCUGGCUGAUGGCACUUCGGAAGAUCAAGACUUUACUCCAGCUGGCCUCGGUGAAAACCGUGGCUUUUCUGCCGACGAUGCUGACAUGGAAGUCGCUGCCGCAUCCUGGGGUGGCAUGGCACACAACAACGAAGAUCCUUGGGCCGCCAUGACUUUGUGGAUCGCCAUGACCAACGGCGAUUUAUAUGCUCUGUGUCCUCUUCUGCCUACCAAAUGGAGACCAGGCCGUGAGACUAUUCACGCUUUGACUACCUCAGCCGUCGCUCAAAUCACCCUCGAUACUGCCGACGAGACUGAGAGACGGGCUGCCGACCACCAAUACCAAUGGGCCAAGGAGCUUGACGACGAAGACCUCGCCUCUGCUGAUAGCAACGAUUCUUCUAUCCGCUUUCGACCUCACCAACCAAGUGCCAUUCCUCGACUGCAAGGCCCUUUCGAAAUGCCUUUCUUCGACAGCGACAUCUCAGACCUGCUUGUGAUUGCCGCAAAUCUUGACGAGGAAGAGCUGUACUCAGGUGAGGAUGACUACGAUCUUGUACCCACGCCGAAGGGCUUGCCUUUCACAAUCCUAUGUCUUUCGACCACUAAUCAUCAACUGCACGUGCUCGUUGAGCUCAAUGGUAUUAGUGGACAAUGGCUGCCGAGGAAAGGCAAACACCGAUUCAGUGCAACAAAUCUUCCUUCGGCCGACUUUAUUCUAAUAGACACCACCUCCUACGCUACUGAAACCCAGAUCGAUGACAGCUGGUCUAAGUUUACAACAGAUCCGUCGACUCCUAAUCACUUCUUCGUCACUAGUCAGGCUGCAAUCUACUCUAUCUCACUUGAUGAAUGGGCAUCACGGAUUAGCCUCGAGGUUUCUGAAGUCGCCGAAGAUGUCGAUAGUGGUCUUCUCGGUCGUCUGAAAUUGGCCUGCCAAGGUUCGAUUGCCGCGAAACAGCAACUGAUAUCUGCUCAUGCCGACGUUGGAUCAGCUCAGCAGUCACUUUGUACCACCAUCCUCGUGGAGAGUGUCGACCUAGGCAUGAUUCUCCUGACUCACACUGACCGAGCUAUCGCCGCUCAACUCGAUCAGUCCUCUUUGCGUACUUCGAAACUUGUAGCCAACGAUGCCACCUUUUCAUCCUCCAUUCAGUCUCCUUUCAGAUCUUCACAGGCUCUUAUGAACGUCUUACAGGAAGAUUCGAGGCCAUUGUUCGAUCCACCACCUGUUCGUGCGCCAUAUGCGCCGUCCCCCGUCUUCACACCGAAUCCUGCGAGUCGUGUUGAUCGACUCAGAUCUCAGCUACCUCCUCAACGGCGGGCAAUACUCACGCAAACACCCGUUCGACUUAGUCCAGCUUGCCUCGAAAUUAUGACAGCUGCUCAUCGUAACUUCUCUCAUCAGACGGGUGAUGUCGAGAAGGCUGCUGCUGAACUUUUCCGACGAUGCGAACGCUUGAAGGAAGAGAUGGCGGACCAAGUGCGUCAGAUGGCCGAAUUAGCCGAGAGACUCAGCACCUUCAGACAAAGCAACGACGAUGAUCAAGAGAAGCGCCCAGAAGCACAUGCAAAGUCUACAGAUCCUUUGGGAGACCGUAUCGAGGCGGCAAAGACACGCCAGUCAGAACUCUUCCGGCGAUAUGAAAAAGUCAGACGCAAAGCAGGUCAAGUGGGUCAUGCUAAGCAAGAGCUGAGCAUCAAAGAACGUGCAUGGAUUGCUGAAAUUGAUUCACUCGCCGCUCAGAUUGGUGCCAGCGAUGCCGGCGAAGAGCCAUCCACCGAAGCACUCAAGACGCGUCUGAAAGCCUCCAAGGCGAUUAGCGAAGAGCUAGUAGCAGAAGGAAAGAGUGUCAAGAAAGCGGAGCAGGAGAGCAAGGAAGUCUCAGCAACGCCUGAAGGUAAGUUACGAUCACGCCUCGGGUCAGGAGGCAUGAGUCGGUUCCAGAGAGAAAAGAUUAAGGAAGUCAUGGAAAUGGUCAGUCGGGAAGCGGCUGUUAUUGAAGCCGUUCAAGGUCGGUUGGAUCGGUUAGGUGUCAAGGCUUGA